GUAAAAGAAAAUGUUUGAAAGUGGACUAAUUGACCCUAAACGAUUUUGAGUUUCUGCUACCCUCGGACGCCACACAAUAUAAAAUCAUCGGCCUUUACUGGGCAGUAGAAUUUGGAAAGCAAAUGAUGCAGAGGCUCAGACACGGCGGCCUUGACAGUUGUCGUUUCCUCAGCCAUUGCAGCAGAAGAAGAGGCCUCUGCUCUCUCCCGGACACUGCUCUAAUCGAUGAUCUUGAUCACCAAGUAUUGGUUGAAGGCAAAGCUUGGUCCAGAACUGCAGUUCUCAACAGGCCUUCAGUGCUCAAUUCUCUCACUACUGCAAUGGGGCUUAGAUUGCAGAAGCUGUACAGAAGUUGGGAAGAUAAUCCGGAUGUGGGUUUUAUUGCAUUGAAGGGCAGUGGCAAGGCAUUUUGUGCGGGUGGAGAUGUAGUGUCUCUAUAUCAUUUGAUAAAUCAAGGGAGAAUGGACGAUUGUAAGGAGUUUUUUCGGGCAUUAUAUCCUUUUAUAUAUCUCCUCGGCACAUGUUUAAAGCCACAUGUGGCUAUCUUGAAUGGUGUUACCAUGGGUGGUGGUGCUGGUGUCUCAAUCCCUGGAACAUUCCGCAUUGCAACUGAUAAAACGGUCUUUGCUACCCCUGAAACUUUAAUUGGUUUCCAUCCAGACGCUGGGGCAUCCUUUUACCUUUCACAUCUACCAGGUCACGUAGGGGAGUUCUUGGCUCUUACAAGUGAAAAGCUCAAUGGACCUGAGAUGGUUGCUUGUGGGCUUGCAACACACUAUUUGCAUAGUUCAAGGAUUCCAUUAAUCGAAGAAGAUCUUGGAAAGUUAGUUACUGAUGAUCCGUCUGUCAUUGAAGCUUGUUUUGACAAAUAUGGGGAACUUGUCCAACCAGAUAAGUCAAGUGUGCUUCACAGGAUUGAAUUACUUGAUGAAUGUUUCAGCCAUGAUACAGUUGAAGAGAUUAUAGAUGCCUUGGAAAGGGAGGCAGGCAGAACAAAGGACCCAUGGUGCAUUUCUACUCUAAAGAGACUUAAAGACGUCUCGCCGUUGAGCUUAAAGGUUUCCCUUAGAUCUAUAAGAGAAGGAAGAUAUCAGACCCUUGAUCAGUGCUUGGUCCGUGAGUACCGAAUGUCCCUACAGGGGAGUUAUAAGCAGAUCAGUGGUGACUUUUGUGAGGGGGUUCGGGCGAGACUAGUCGAAAAGGACUCAGCACCAAAGUGGGAUCCUUCAAGUGUUGAAAAAGUAACCAAAGACAUGGUCGAUCAAUAUUUUCUCCCACUUAGUGAAUUUGAGCCUGACUUAGAAUUACCAACAGAGUUGCGAGAAGCGUUUAUCUGAUAUCAUUUGUCCUCCAUAAUUUCAUAUUGGAGAAAGGUGGGUAGACUCCAAAGUCACAUGAGAAGCAUUUGCCCAAAAUGAUAUCCUUUCAUGUUGGGAGCUAGACCUGAUAAAAUUUGGAGUUCGACAGAGCUGCUGGACUAUUGCAAAGUUGAUUCUCACUUCUUUCAGUUCUUUCCUCGUUCGUCCCACCUCAACCACAACACAAGAAAUGGUGGAUGACCAAGACUAUUGAAACUAUAGAAGUAGGGAGAGUUUGAUCACUUAUAAAUAUUUAUUUCAAG